AUGGCGGUGAAGAAGGCGUGCGAGUCCUUCUCGAAGAGCUUGAUUGACGAGGUGCAGAGAUGGGGGUGUAUGAAGCAGACGGGGGUGAGCUUGAGGUACAUGAUGGAGUUUGGGUCGGAGCCGACGUUGAGGAAUUUGUUGAUUUCGGCCCAGUUUCUGCACAAGGAGUUGCCUAUCAGGAUUGCCAGGAGGGCUAUUGAGCUCGAGACUCUGCCUUAUGGCUUGUCCGAGAAAUCUGCUGUCUUGAAGGUACGAGACUGGUAUUUGGAUUCCUUCCGCGACCUGAGAUCCUUUCCUGACAUCAAGGAUGAAAAUGAUGAGAAGGAUUUUACACAAAUGAUCAAGGCUAUCAAGGUGAGACACAACAAUGUCGUUCCCAUGAUGGCUUUAGGUGUUCAACAGUUGAAGAAAGGCAUUAAUCCAAAGAUUGUCUAUGAGGAUCUUGAUGAGAUUCACCAAUUUUUGGAUCGCUUCUACAUGUCGAGAAUUGGAAUUCGCAUGCUGAUCGGCCAGCAUGUUGAGUUGCACAAUCCCAAUCCCCCUCCUCAUUGUGUGGGUUACAUACAUACAAAAAUGUCUCCACUAGAGGUAGCACGAAAUGCCAGUGAGGAUGCUCGCUCGAUUUGCUUUCAUGAGUAUGGCAGUGCACCUAACGUCAACAUCUAUGGGGAUCCUGAUUUUACCUUCCCAUAUGUUCCUACACACUUACAUCUUAUGGUCUUUGAGUUGGUUAAGAAUUCUCUGCGUGCUGUCCAAGAGCGUUUUAUGGACUCGGACAAAGUUGCACCUCCUAUUAGAAUUAUAGUUGCUGAUGGAAUUGAAGAUGUUACGAUCAAGGUCUCAGAUGAGGGCGGUGGCAUACGAAGAAGUGGACUCCCCAAAAUUUUCACAUAUCUUUAUAGCACUGCAGCGAACCAUGUGGAUGAGCAGACAGAUCUUGGGACUACUGAUUCAGUUACAAUGGCUGGAUAUGGGUACGGGAUUCCUAUAAGCCGCUUGUAUGCUAGGUAUUUUGGAGGAGAUCUGCAAAUAAUCUCUAUGGAAGGAUACGGGACUGAUGCAUACCUCCAUUUGUCUCGGUUGGGAGAUUCACAGGAGCCUUUGCCAUGAUGAGCCGCCUAUGAUUCCAUUCUAUUUGGAAGAUACAGUUGAAUUGUCAAAUUAAAUAGUCAUGGGAUAUUUAUAUGCAGAAUGACGUACGUUGUAUUAUAGAGGAUAAGUAGCUGUCAAUUUUUCUUUAUGCUAAUAUAAGUUGGCAGUUUUCUUGUGUAUAGUCUGUCUACCUCACUAGGUGCAUGAGGAUUAAUCAAUACAGCAAGUCAUGUGGCAGUCCUAGAUGACUGUUCUAAUACUGAAUGUUGUUUUACUGGCCUAGCUAUCUAACGGUCUAAGCAUCGUAACCCCAAUGUUAUAUGUGUCUAUAGAAUAUGUAACUCGGCAUAGUUGAUGUUAUGGUAUCAACUAUCAAGUGCUUUACUCAUGUAAGCAACAUAAAAGGAGUAGGGAGCGUUGGAGGAUUUCAAUUUCCUCAAUCUUUUCCUUGGGAAUUUCAACUUGAAUAGUAAUUCUAUUCAUUUCA